AUGGUCAGUUUCGUGUGCGAUGGGUGUGGCGAUGUUGUGAAGAAGCCUAAGCUUCAACAGCACUAUAACAGGUGUUAUUCUCCCUUCACUUGUUUGGACUGCAGUGUGCAAUUCCUCACACCGAAAGAUGCCCACUCUUCUUGUAUUACAGAAGACGAAAAAUACCAGAAAAGCACUCAAAAGCGCAAGUUUGAUGAUGACUGCGACACUAAGACGGAGGAAAAGACUUCAGACAAGCGUGUCAAGAGCACUUCGAAAGACGAAAAAGAUACCCUUAAGGAGAGUACGAAGCCCAAGAACAGCAAGGAACUUUCAGUAAGAACCAUCCAGAACAUGGCCCAACAACUUUCCAACUCCAAAAAGAGCCUGACGCUUCAUAAUAUCAUCAAGCACACAGCGAAGGAAUUGGACGUUGACACGAAGAAGGUUAAGUCCUUUGUGCUGAAGAAGGCUGGAAUCACUGUAAAAUCGCAAGGAGAAAUGGCAUUCAUAGAGCAUUGA